AUGUCAACGAGGAACGAGGAAGCGCUUCUCGAAGCUGCAGAGCGUGGCGCCUUGGCGGACGUCAUCGCCUGUCUCAACAAAGGCGCCAACGUCAACUGCGCAAAGAAGAUAGGCUUGACGCCAUUGCACCAAUCGAUAGAUAGCGGACUAUUGGACGUCGUUUGCCACUUGCUUGACAACGGCGCCAACUUGGAGGCGCGUGAUUCGGCUGGUUGGACGCCAUUGUUCAAAGCGUCGAGCUGGGGUCGGGGGCAUAUCGUUCGCAUCUUGCUUGAAAAAGGCGCCAACGUGCAAGCGUGCGAUGCGACUGGUUCGACGCCAUUGCACAAAGCUGCUAUCAGUGGUCGCCUCGACGUCGCUCGCCUCUUGUCGGAGCACGGCGCCAACGUGGAGGCCCGCGAUUUGAGUGGUGCGACGCCGCUCUUCCGAGCUGCCGAGAACGAUCGUCCGGCCCUCGUCCGCUUCUUGUUGGAGCACGGCGCCAACGUGGACGCGUAUGACGAGAUUGGCUCGUCGCCAUUGCACAAAGCUGCUUUCCGAGGGUAUAUGGACGUCGUCCGUCUCUUGCUUGACAAGGGCGCGUUGGUGGACGCGCGCGAUUCGAUUGGCUCGACGCCACUGCAUCAAGCUGCUCUCAAAGGUCAAAUGGACGUCGUCCGCCUCUUGCUUGAGCACGGCGCCGCGUUGGACGCACUCGAUUCGAGCGCCAAUACGCUGCUGCAUUAUGCAGCUCAGGGCAAUCAGCGCAGCAUUGCGAGUCUACUCUUGGAGAAAGGCGCCAACAUCGAUGCGAGAAACAACCCAGCCAGCUCCAAGGACGACGUCGCAAGUCUCUUGCGCAGCCACCCUCGCGUGCUCAACCAGCUCUUCAAUGCAAUGCACAGCCAGCGCUUUGAUGAAGCCACGCGCGUUCUCACAAGCAAUUUGGUGUACGCCAACGUCCGCAACUGCUUUGAGACAUUGUUGCUACAUCUGGUUGUGGCAACACAGCAUCUGCCGCUGCUUCAAGCGCUGCUCCAGAAGCCCGGCCUCCAACUCGACGCCAAAGACGCGGCUGGCCGCUCCGCUCUCGCCAUCGUGAUCCGCACUGACAACGUGCAGGCCGCCCUUGCGCUGCACCAAGCCGGCGCGUCCGUCGAUCUCGUCGACAAGGAUCAUUGUGCUUCAUCCGCAAUCUUCGCCACCGCCUUGCACCAAGCCGCCGCCUCCAACGAUGGCACCAGUUUGUCGCAACUCCUCGCUCUGGGUGUGAACUGCUCGUCGACCAACGAGAACGGCGAGACGGCGAUGUUCAUGGCGGCUGCAGCGGGGCACCUGCCCAUUGUCACGAUGCUGCUUCAAAUGACCGAAGAAGAGAGUGGUAUCGACGCGACCAACCACAAUGGGGAAUCACCCCUUUUUGCCGCUGCGAUCGGUGGCCACGCCGACGUUGUCCAAUGUCUCCUUCGUGCCAACGCCAACCCCCGUCUCGUUUCCAAAGAUGGAUCGACUAUGCUGCACGCGGCUGCACUUGGUGGCAGUAUGAGCAUCCUUCACCAAAUCGUCCAGUGUGGCGUCAGCGUCGAUGCGUGCGACGCGAUGGGCCAGACACCGCUCCAUGUUGCAGCUGAGAAGGCCCACGACAGUGCCGUCAAGUACCUUCUGGACGUCGAGGCCAGCGUCUUUGCCAAGGAUACGACGGGCAAGACGCCGUUGAUGCUGGCGACGCACCCACUCGUCAUCAACACGCUGCUGCAAGCAGAAAAAUCGACCAAGCAAAAGGUCCCGCAGCUCUCGGAGCUAAACCACUUGAUCACGCGCAUCUGCGACUCGGAGUCCAUGGUCGGCGGCCUCCUUGACCGAGUUCGGCCCACACCGUCGAUGUCCUCUGCCGCGUCGACGGACUCGGUGACGUGGUCGCCUUCCUCUGUGAGCACCCAUGUUGUGUGUCAGCUCUGCCACGCCUCCAACUCGUUGCUCGAGUCGCACUGCGAAGCCUGCGUGGAACCUCUAGCGUCCGUUGCGUCCAAGCUCCAGGUCCUUCUGAAGCGUCUGGCUGCUGCCAAGAAGAACGGAUUCGAGAUCGACGACGGUCUCGUCUGCGUCUGCUGCGACGCGCACCACAGUAUGACGGCCACGAUCUGCGACGAAUGCGCCGACGAGCUUCCGAACGACAACGAGAAGCUGCGUAUCCUCGUAUUGCGCAUCGAGCAAAAGACGAUGGCGCAAGCCUCGUGA